UGUGAAAACACGCCUCCACGGAAGGAUGUCGCGAAAAACGGGACGCUCGACGCUCUUCGCGUCGUUCUUGACGCUGUUGAUGACACUAAUAACGUUCUGGCGAACCGCUCACGCACACGUGGCUCUGACAUUCCCGCCAGCCAGGCAUUACGAUCUGGACUUCCUGGAUAACGCCAGAACGCCCGCACCGUGCGGCAUGCCGCGUGGCCGCGUCAAGACAUCGUUAUUGGCAGGAAGCAAUUUUAAUGUCACAUGGCAUCUCGCCUAUCCCCACAGGGGAGGAUUUCGUCUUCAAAUCUUAGAUUUUUAUGACAGACCUCUGAUCGAUUUGACGCCCAUCACACAAAACAGCGAGUUUGUCGAGGGCGAUGCCACGGCGCAGAGCUAUCCAGUGCAGCUGCCGCAAGAUUUCACUUGCAUGGACUGCACCAUCAGGCUGCUGCGGGAGGCCGAGGAAUGGGGUUCCAGCUACAGAUUUUGGUCGUGCGCCGACAUCGAUAUUCGCGAUAGGAAGGACUAUCGAGAGGAUUGUAGCGGUCAUGGACGCUACCUGCUAGGCAGGUGCAGGUGUGACCGUCUCUAUCACGGCGCGAGGUGUGAAAUUAAAGAGGAGUGCCAGGACGACACUGACUGCGGUAUUCAGGGCACGUGCGUCGACAAUGGUGGCACAACCGUGCCUACCAAGCAGUGCUACUGUGACGCCGGAUGGUUUGGUCCGGGUUGCGCGAAGAGAUCACCGGUGAAAAGCAUCGAUGUAAAUUUGGAUGCGUAUUCGAUGAAGCGAUUCUCCAACGACAUCAUUUUCUACUGGCGGAUACUAAAAGAGAGCAAAGAAUUGGAAGGCAUUCUUGUGGCCAAUUCUACAACGUGGAUUGGUAUCGGAUGGAGACCUAGCGAUCUCGGUCCAAGUUGCCGAUCCUUCCCUGCGAUUAAGGAUACGAUCUCUGAACCACUUCCGCAACCGGAGCCGAAAUCGGAACUCGUCAACAAAUCGACGCCCAAACCGGAGCCAGAACCAGAGCCCAAACCAGAACCGGAACCGGAACCUGGCGUGGAAGGCGAGAAAUCAAUAGCAAAGAGACGAUCGGCGAAGGCAGAUGCUGCAAGUUUCAGAGUAACAUCGCGACCGGAUGUUGAUGUUACUGUACAGACCAGCGUGACCUAUCAAGUUAGCACGAAACAAGGUCGCAAGAGGAGAUCUCCAAAAUCAUCCGCAGCCUCUGCGCUUGGGAAACAGGUUGGCGAGUCCAGCGAUGUUAUCGAGCCGGAAACCACCUCUGAGCCAGAACCCACUUCUGAGCCAGAACCUACCUCCGAGCCAGAACCAAAAUCCGAGCCUGAACCCAGCUCCGAGCCAGAGCCGAAAUCCGAGCCCGAACCCAGCUCUGAGCCAGAACCAAAAUCCGAGCCUGAACCUAGCUCUGAACCGGAACCAAAAUCCGAGCCUGAAACUAGCUCUGAACCGGAACCAAAAUCCGAGCCUGAACCUAGCUCCGAGCCGGAACCAAAAUCCGAACCAGAACCUAGCUCCGAGCCAGAGCCAAAAUCUGAACCAGAACCCAUUUCUGAGCCAGAACCAAAGUCUGAGCCGGAACCGAAAUCUGAACCGGAGCCAAAAUCCGAGCCAGAGCCAAAAUCCGAGCCAGAACCAAAAUCCGAGCCAGAACCAAAAUCCGAGCCAGAACCUAGUUCUGAGCCAGAACCAAAAUCCGUACCGGAGCCUAAUUCCGAGCCGGAACCAAAGUCUGAACCGGAACCCAAAUCUGAACCAGAACCCAGCUCGGAACCGGAGCCAAAUGUGGGUCCGAAGUCAGGAGCGACGAAAGCAUCGUUGCCGGCGCCAGGACACAAGUACACGCCCAAGCAUGACUUCAACCCUAUGGACUGCACGGAUAUUAUAAUCGGCACGGCGCGAGGAACGAGUUACAGGAUCGGCGAUUAUUACACGAGGGACAGAUCGACGCCGCGCAAGGAUGCGUACUGGAAUGGGAGGGACAGCCUGACGGCUGCGUUCGGCUACGAACGCGACGGCAUCACGACGAUACUCUUCCGCAGGAAAUUGGCCGCGAGCGAGCCGACCGAUCACGAGAUCCGCGAUGGUAAUAUGCAGGUGAUUUGGGCGAAAGGUCAAGAGCCGGGCAGGUACAUACAUCAGCCGGCUAGUGGAAUCGAGAAGGCCAAGGUCGGCGUCAAAGACUUUUACAAAGUGGACGAGCUCAAAUAUCACGGCCAUAGAAUGCAGAGAGGCACGGUCACCAUGAAUUUCUUCGAUGAAGUUAAAAGGCCGGAAUUCGCCGGUGGUAUAGCGUCGCAAGAUGGUACCUGCGGUGGCCAGUGGCGUUAUCCGAGAAAUUGUUUGCCGGAAAAUAACACUUGUGAAUAUGCUAUACAAUGGACGUACAAGGAUAAAACGGAUCUGAUAACGUUCGUAAUCUCCACGACGAAUACCAAUACGUGGACUGGAGUUGGAUUUUCUGAUGACAAUAACAUGUCGCAAACCGAUGCCAUACUCGGCUGGGUCGAUAAGACGAACGGUCGGGCUUUUGUGAUGGACACCUGGAUUAGCGGCUACAACGCACCGUUACUGGAUCCAUCGCAAGACAUAUACAACAUCAGCGGCCGCAUUGAGAAUGGCGUAACCACUCUUCGGUUCUCACGAAAACGCGUAACGAAAGACAUCAAGGAUUUCUCGUUUACGGAUGAUCACUGUUUGUAUAUGAUGUUCCCAGUGAAGGGAGGUAUAUUUAAUCCGAUUAACAAGAAGAUUCGAAAACACGAUGUGAAACCGGUUGUUUCUUCGGACAGAAUAUGUAUCAAGUCUUGCGGCCAAGAAGAAAUUGAAGAUCAAAGCACGCUCGCACCGCCAAGAUUGCAUUACGAUAUUGAAGUCAAGCUCGUUAGCUUGGGUGACGGAUUUAUGAUUCCCGCAUCCGAUAGUCCCGAUUUCGAAGUAAUCUCGAACAAGAUAUCGGAGAGCUUUGAACCAGUCUUCAUGACGCUUCCGGGUUACUAUCAAGUCCAACUCAACGAGUUACGAAAAGAUAAAGAACAGGGAGUUAUUGCGCGCAUGAAUCUGAUAGUCGACAAGAACGAGGUCAAGGGUAGAUCGUUGAAACCCGCGGAUACCGGUUUAGAAGCGGAAAAAGCGUUGCGUGAGGCACUUAUGAAUGGUCAGGUCGGUGCACUCGGCGUCGAUCCGCAGUACUUAAUAGUAAGAACUCCUAGAGUAAACGACAUAGAAACAGAAGAUGAAAAUGAUCGACCGCCCUCCGCAACGGACUUGUUCCUGGGCGCAACAAAGUUCUAUAUCGUUGUCGGUUGUGUAGCAGCGUUACUAGCUCUAGCUCUGCUCCAGGCCAGUUGUACUCUUUACAGGAGCUCAAAGAAACGAGCGACCAAGGAACGUUUGAUUGCCAGUAAUGCUUGGAAGGAUUAUGCUUCCGGCGCAAACACAAACUUCGCAUUUGAGGCGUUCGAGACAGAAGAGAAGGCACCACCGCCGCCAAUUUCCAGCCUGCCGAGAACAAGAGAAAUGACCGGCAACGGUAUAACUGGCAUGAACGGUACCGAUGCAGUUGAAGGGCCCAAUAGGAUGGUCGGACCGAGAGCGACUUACAGUCUUCCACGCGCGCCUGGUGCCAGACACUCGGCGCCUAUCCAGCAUGGUUACUAUACGCAAGAUCGCAGGGAUCAUUACGGGCGACCCAAGAGUAUGCACAAUCCGACAAGCAUAGCAACCCAAGCGAAUCAACCAGACUUCUAUUUCAUGCCCAGCCAACGAAAGUAUAGUGGCGAGGUUGUGCGCGUUUAUGUAGAUUACAGCAACCAGCCGAAAUAAUCAAGACAAAGUUCAGGUCAAAAAUCGUGAGAAAACGAUUUACCCGCUUCUCUGAAGCGAUCUGUACAUAUUCAAGUUGUAGUGACAGAGGUCGCGAAGAAAGGACUACGCAACCCCUGUGCACGCGCACGGUGCUAUUUUAUUCGUUUCUUUUUUCUCUUUCCCCAUGAUUUCUCUUUCCCGAAGAUCCAUUUGAAUUGUAUCGCUGGGUUUAAGAUACGGGGAGAGAAGUUGCUCCGUAGGAAGCAUAGAAGUGGCGAUUACGACCAAAGAAGAUAUCCAUGAGGCGCGCGCUCUAUAAUUCUGUAUAGAGCACAUGAAUUCUCGUCAAACUUUUGUGCUUUUGCGGUGGAGAAACUGUAUAAUUAUAUAAGUAAAUUUCAUGUAGUAGUCGAAAAUCUGAUAGUUCGAACCGAGGAUCUCUGGGUCCAAAAUACGAAUCUUAUGACUUAGCAGUAAGUAUUUUCAAAGAUUCAAAGAAAGAUCCAAGGGCCAUAUAGCUUAACAUGAAGAAAAUAAGACUUGAAAGACCCAUGGAUCCAAGAAUAAUAGGAUUCAACAAUCCUGAAAUUCGAAAAUUUAAAGACCGAAAAAAAAAACAUGUACCUAAGUUUAUCUCGCUCCAUGCGUCUGUUUAUAUCGCGCAAUAGAAUACCGAUACUCUCAGUGAGAUACAUUUACAUCAUCUAUUCUAAAGAGCAAGCGACAACAUGCGUUUGAGCAAUAAAACAUUUGUACAUUUUUAAACAAAAAUAACACGUCCUAAAUUUUUUUGACGGAUUACCUCUUCUCAAAAAUCCUACUUUCAUACUGUUUUACUUAUAGAUGCAGCUGGUCUAUCAGUUUUCAGAGAAGUGACAGCACGAUUACAAUAAUAAUAAAAAUAAAUAA